AUCUGUCAUGCAUCGCAAAAGUUCAAUUUUCCGAACUUUUUUGCGUGCUACAUUGUGCGUCGGACUUGUCGUAUUUUGCCUCAUAGAAGUUCGUGUGAUGCACUUCAUUUAACAGCAGUCUCACUGCGGACGCAAGAAGUCACUCCGCUGUUGUGUUUCGGGCUUUAAGUGUGUGCGGUCAAAGCGGAUCGGCCUGAAGAACGAUAUUUUCCAGUACGAAGUCAACGUCUUAACAGUUCUUUUGUGAGUAAAAAAGGUAUGAUUGAGUAUUCGUGGAAAACAUUUUGAACAUGACGGGGCAGCUAAGCGCCACAACAGCAUUAAACCCAUUCCGCUUGAAUUGGGACGCGGACGCUAGCAUGAGCACCGCAACUAGGCUCGUUUGGACUUGGUCCCUAAAAGUUGACAACCCGUGGGUACUUAAGGAUGUCAGCGGUUGAUAAAUGCGCUGACGAUUUUUCAGCAGAAGAGGAAAUUAAAAACAGAAGGUUGGCACGGCGAAAAAAGAUUUUAGAGAAUGCGAAGAGUCGACUUGAUAAAUUAAAUGGGAAGGGAUCACUAUUAUCUUCUGGUGAGGAUGCACAGCAGAGAGUUCCUGCAGUUUACCCCGAUCCGGAGGUAGAACAGGAGUUGUUUAAUAACAUGAUAACCACCCAAACUAUAAAUCGCAACGGGUCUUCUGGGCUGAAUGUAGGCUCACCUGAAGGCAUUUUUAGUCUAUUAGAACACCUUGUACAGAAUAGUUAUUCUGACAGAAAUAAUAGGAUGGUGGACAGAACACAAUCAAACGUUGGAACAGCUUCAGCAAGUAAUCCACCGCAACAAUUAUCCGAUUCCAUUUUAAACAGAGUGAUACAUACGAAGGUCCAUAUUGCCCUGAUCUCGGCUCUUACUUUCAUGCUUUUUGUAACCGACAAUGAAAAGUACAUAUCAUACAGUAUCUUCUUGCCGUUGCUUUUUUGGGAAAUAGCAGAAGCUUUCCUCAUAAAAGCGAAACAAUUUACCACGGCAGGCUUCCUACUUCAAAUUAUGCUGUUGGCGGCACUGCCUUCGCAGUACCUCAUGCCUAUCACGAAGGCUGUGAGCACUCUAAAUAAGAUAUUUGAAGACGUUGGUGUUUUUGUAUUUUUCUUCGUUCUCUAUCAUCUUUGUUACUACUCGUUUGCACGCAAUUUAGAUCUGAAUGCUUAAUAAUAUCGUGGAUAUGGGCCUGAUCGACUAGCCUGGUUUAGUUCUGUUGGCUAUUCAUUAAUUGAAUUAUAUUGUCUUUAAUAUCUACAUCAUUUAUUAAAAAUUAUCGCUUUGUACACCUAAAA